GAGUGGCGAGUUCGGUUUGCCUCGCGGAGUCGGGCGGCCGCGAGCGAACGAAGCGGAUGUUGACGCCGCGUGUUUAUUAUUGUGAUGCGUGAACGUUAGUUUGUGACGCGUCGCGCGUCGUCGUCGCACGACAAGAAACAACGGCAUAUACAGUGCUGCGCGAUUCUUCACCUGACGAACGGAUACGCGGAAUUUCGUGACCCCGAGGCAGUUUUUCGAGAUGUGGAGUCCGACGCACGUCCAAGUGACAGUUCAGAGGGCCAAGGACUUACUAACCAAAGGGAAGCACAAGACCAACGACUGCUUCGUAACGAUCGCCCUCGGUAAGGAAAAGUACCAGACGUCGGUGAAGGAGAAGGCUAUCAAGGACGUGGAAUGGCACGAGGAAUGCGAGCUACUCAUACCAGAGCAAGGCAAUACCGCGGAGAUCGUCCUCACGGCCCUGCAUCGCAAUUUCCUGGGUGUCGACGAGUUCCUCGGCACCGUCAGCGUACCGCUGUCGAACUUCGACGUGUACGAGAGGCCUAGAAACAGAUGGUACGCUCUUAACAGCAAACCGGGCAAAGAGAACACAAAGGAAAGAGGCGAGCUCGAAGUGAGGAUCGGCUUCAUUGUGAAGGCUGGAAGUUUGACUGAUCUAAGUAAGAAGGAGCGUCACAAAAGUUCCUUAGGCCAGUUAUCUACAGCUGCGCAAUCAAUCGGCGGUAGUUUACUCAGUAUCGGUAGUCUCGAGAAACGCAAAGGUCUCAAGAAAUUGGCCAAAUCGAUUGGAAACAAGGUCAAAGGGAAAAGCAAAAAUCGUCUCGACGGAAACAAUCUGGAUGAAAAAGAAGAACACCAGUUGAAAAUCACACGGCAAGAACCGGGUGAGGCUGAUCCUGGUGUCAUCAGCGAGGAUGAAGACGAAUUUACGUUUGACGAUCUGUCUCAUAAAAGCUCGGCCUCGUCGCUAAACGCACCCAUGCCAGGCACGAAUAGCGGUAACAAUGGAAUUCCGAAUGGUUCUCAGAGCAAUGUCUCCAGCGAGUUGCACGUACCACCGGCGCCAAUUAACGCCGCGCCAAGCAAACCACCACGAUUUGUCAUGAGCGCGUCUACUACGAAUCUGUCAAAGGUCGACAAUUUGACGAAGGACGACGAGUGGGGCUUGAAGCUCUAUGGCAAACAAGCGGGCGGCGUACCUAAAAGAUGGGAAACUAAACCUAAAAUCGUGGUGGACGAACCGCAAAAUAACAAACGCGAUGCAUCGCCUAUUCGUUCAUCAUCACCAGCCGCAUCGAGGUUGAAAGAUCCUCCGGAACCGCUCAGUCCUGCGCCGAGAGAAAUCCUUCAUCCAAAGAACAAGGACGACAAGUUCGCAAGCAAAGAGAAGCUCUUUACGAGCAAAGAGAAGCUCACGAGGGAAGACAAGAAGGAUAAAAAGGACGACAAACAUAGUCCGCGAAGUCCUAAGGAGGACAAGUAUGUAAAGAAGGACAAGAAAAAAGAUAAUAAGGAGAAUAAAUUUAAGGACGUUAAUAACGAGAAUCAUCUGUCUUCCGAAAGAAUCAUUAUUGGUGGCGAAGACGCGGUUAAGAAUGCUGUAAACUUUAAGAGUCGUUUGCCGCAUGAGGUUCUUAAUCAGUUUGAAGGGAAAUCAAGAGAGGAUAUAAUAGAAUUUGCGUUACAAUUGCAAGGACAAAUCACAGAAAAGAAUAAGAGACUCACUGAUCUGGAAGAUUAUAUCGAUGCGUUGCUAUUACGCGUGAUCGAAAGUUCGCCUCGAUUACUUCAGAAUCCGUAUCAGAGGCGACUGUCAUCUCCCGGAAAUCAGUAAAUCACUAAUCCUUGAUAAUAAAGCUUUCCUGUUUCCUGUUUUGGGAUCCACUUAAGGUAUAUUUCCUUUGAUACCUUAGUGAUACUUUCUUUAGAUAUGACUGACGAGUCGUAAAUGGCUAUUUGUUAUAUUAACAUCGUAUUUUAAUUUAUCUUUUCUUCUGAGCUACGGCCUAAGAAAAGUAUAUAACGUCCUCACAGCAGCGUUGCACACAAAAGAAAUUUGUUUUCCCGUUUAUUUAUUUAUAAUUUAUAUUUAACCCCGCGAAAAUAAUUAAGACAUAAAUAAGAGAUAAUAAAAAAAAAGAUAAAUAAGUAAUUUAUUCCAAGUUCGAGUUACAUUAUCGAGACGAACAAUUAACAGGGUGUGGAUGCCAGUUAAAAUGACUUCAAAUUUGUCCCAUGAUUCUCUGUCUUCCCAGUAUAUUGAACCAAAACUGUCGCAGUUCGAGAGUUUGUAUUUGAUUGCGAUUGAGAUUUCCGUCCAAUUGACAAUUUGCAGGAAAACUAACGAACACGACUAUAUUUCUUUAUUGCUACCUGUUAUUGUAAGCUAUCUAUUUAAGAACUUUUUCUAAGGCAAAUAAGACUUCUCAUAGAGCUAAUAAAGAAUAUAGAAGCUAAAAUUAGCAUGAGCCAAUGUUUGACAAAAAUGUGCCUUCUGUCUAACAUAUGUGCACUUAUAUUUGUUCGGACCAUGCCUUGUUAGAGUAUUGUUAAACAGAGAGAUAAUAUUUCAAUGUUCAAUGUGUUAUAUAUAUAAUGCAAUAAAUUUCAAAUGUUCGGAAU